CCUCCCUAACGUCCUCUACGGUCGUUUCCCGCAUCACACGCCUGCUGCUGGCACCAGCCAGCCUCUUCGAACCGCGUCCCUCGUGGGCCUUCUCUCCUCAGCCAAGCACCGCAUUGCUUGUCUGAGCUGCAGACUGUGCUUCACUGCUCGUCAGUAGCCACAAACCUCUGCCUCGCAAACACCCGCACGCUCAGACGUCAAGUUCCCCGCGCUCCGACGCCCUGUCGCCAAGAGAUGGUCGCUACUGAAAUCCCCAAGCACUACACUGCGUCGCCGUCUUCGCACAUUGGCACGCCAUCGCUGGUCAUCAACAAGGAGGCCACCAUCGACCUCGAUUCCACCAACUCAUUCGAGGGCCCUGAGAAGCUCCUGGAAGUAUGGUUUAGCUCGUCUGCCACCGACCUGCCUGGUCAGGCCGGCCCGCUUGGCCUCAAGAAGGUGUCUGCCGACGUCUGGAAGGAGAUGCUCGACCUGGUCAACUGCAAGGUCCUCUCCGUCAUCGAGUCUGAGCACGUCGACGCCUACCUGCUCUCCGAGUCGAGCAUGUUCGUCUUUCCCCACAAGGUCGUAUUGAAGACCUGUGGCACCACCACCCUGCUCUGGGGUCUGACUCGUCUCCUGGAGAUUGCUGCUGUCAAUGCCGGCUUUCCUUACGUCCAGCCGGCGCCUGGUACUGGUCUCGCGGCCUCUGCGACUCCGUACCGUGUCUUUUACAGCAGGAAGAACUUCCUCCACCCUGAGGCGCAGCAGGGACCCCACCGCAGCUGGCGCGACGAAGUCCGCUUCUUGGACCAGCGCUUCAAGGGCGGCAGCGCCUACAUGAUUGGCAAGAUGAACGGAGAGCACUGGUACUUGUACAUCACCGGUCCUGACACCACCCUGACCCCCCCUCCCAGCCCCGGCUCCGAGGAGGUCGACGGCCCUGAGACCGAGACCAAGUAUGUCAAGCUCCCCGAGCGCAUGCUGCCUGAGAAGAACACGGACGAAGAGGAGGACGAGACUCUGGAGAUUCUCAUGACUGACCUCGACGAGAAGAACGCCCGCCAGUUCUACCUCGAGGACGCGAGUGCGGUCGCGGAAGGUCGCUAUGUCCAGAGGGCUCGCGAGGCCCGCAAGAACGCCAUCGCCGCCCUGGGCUCCAUCCCCGAGGGCGAGUGCGAGAGCCUCGGCGGCUCCACCAUCCUCAACUCAACCGCCACGACCCACAUCUCGGACGAAUCCUUCGACGUGUUCGAGCAAACCUCGUCCGACCACUCCGGCUUCAACUCGGACGACGAGCUCACGUUCCCCGAGGAGCUCACCACCGAGGGCCACUCGCUCGGCACCGUCGUCUCGGAGACGUGCGGCCUGAGCGACGUGUACCCGACCGCCAAGUACCCCGACGCCCGCAUCGACGCGUACCUCUUCACGCCCUGCGGCUUCAGCGCCAACGGCGUCGUGCCCGCCCCCGGCGGCGCCCCCAACGGCUCCAAAAAGGGCUCCGACGCCACCCACUACUUCACCGUGCACGUCACCCCCGAGCCGCACUGCUCGUACGCCAGCUUCGAGACCAACGUGCCCGCGCGCCAGUCCGGCCGCGAGACCGCAGACGUCAUCGAGCAUGUCCUGGGUAUCUUCAAGCCCGGCAGGUUCAGCAUCACGCUCUUCGAGGCCAAGCCUGCGCCCGAUGAGCUGCCCGGCAGGAACGUCGAGAAGAGCAAGCGCGUCGAGGUUAUCCCUGGGUACAGGCGCGUCGAUCGCAUUGUGCAUGAUCUCGAGGGCUAUGAUUUGGUGUUCCGGUACUACGAGAGGGAUGACUGGAAGGGCGGGGUGCCUCGCCUGGGCGAGGUAUUCUAGGUAACUUAUUUUCUGAGGUGGGGAGUUGCGAUGGUGGGAGUUGGGACGCGUGCUUUGGGUGGUGGGUUCGCGUCGUCUCUAUCUCUGUACCGUGCAUACGCCUUUCUUGGUAUUUUUUCGUGUCUCACACAUACUUGGGCUGUGGGGAACGUGUAUAUGGCCUUGCGGCAACUGUCUCUAUCUCUACGUCCAUCCAUUUCAAAUACUAUCUCUCUCCGCUGCUCCGUUUCCUCUCGCUACCUGAGGCUGGCGAUGCCUCGCUGUGUGUCUGUCGUGCUACUCUUUCUAUAUUCACCGUUCAGGUGAAUGGGUGCGGCGCUCCUAACCUCUCACUGCGCGGCCGUGAGUGAGUGCGGUGGUGCUGCUUGUGUA